GAACGCGCGCGUCAAUCGAGAUACGAUACGAGACUCGAAUUAAUAAUCGAAUACGAAAAAAUAAUAACAACAUUUACUAAUACUAAACAAAAAAACGAUCCUGUGUUCGAAUCUUGUACAUUCACAAUUUUUUUUCAAAAAUCGAAUCGGUUUUAAUCGAUUGUUUACAGUGCAAUUCAUUGACAUUUGUAUAUUUUUGCGAUAAUCACAAGGAAAGGUGAAGCCGAGUGAAUGUGUUUACAUCGGCAUUGUAUCGGAUGACAAAAUAGUGGGAACUUGAUUUUUUAUGCGAUUGUUUUGACAGACAAUUUCCUUGUAAUUAGUCUUUUAUUGAUUGAUUGUGAGUAAUGUUAGUUUGAGGUUCGUGUAAAGUGCAUCAUGGGUAAUAUGUACAUAUUGUUGUGUGCAACAGUCGUCUGUUUGCUGUUGGCCGAUGUCAACACACAGGGUAAACCAAAGCCAAAAGUACCUCUGACGAGGUUCACGUGUCAGGGAAGGGGCUCAGGAUACUAUGCUGAUGUCGACACUGGAUGUCAGGUAUACCACAUGUGCGACGGGCUGGGUCGUCAGUUCAGCUACAAGUGCCCCAACAUGACGCUGUUCCAGCAACGCAUGCUCAUCUGCGACCACUGGUACAUGGUCAACUGCUCCAUGUCCGAACGGGAUUAUACUGCUAACCUGCUUAUAGGUCAACGCGACAAGCCGUUCGUGUCUGACGACGAGAUGCGUCUGCGCACGCCGCGUCCCGACAUUCUGUCCGCGCCACCGUACAACCCCUACUAUGACGUGCUGAGGGAAGCUGAAUCACAGUUCCCAGCUCUCCCAAGCAAUAGUAUCGUGGGUGUAGCCGACUCCAUUUCUGACGGGGACAACAAUGAUCUGGACAGCGGCAAGAGAAACUACCGUCCCCCUACAGGCUGGUCCACCGGUCGCAAGAAUCGAGUCAGACCCACCGCCAGCCCCAACACGAAUUUCGCCUCCAGAGACUUCGAUAACCUCGACGAAGCAGCCUCGCAAGAACCCGAUGCAACCUUCAGGCCGACACCUAGCAUCAACUUAACUCAAAUCAAUCCUAGACCAAGCGUAACUCCACCAUCUAUUGACCUAGUACCCCCUCCAGCACCAACGAAGGCGUCAGAAAAACCUAACGAUAAUCAAUCAGAAGAUUCUGUUUUCAAAUUCAUCAAACGCUUCGAUCCAACAUCACCUGAUGUUCACCAAACUGCUAUGUCUAGAUCUGAGAUCAUAGACCUAAACGGUCAUCUCCCAGCUGGACCAGCCAACUCCGAAGAGGAUAGAACUCCUAGGAAACACAAAAACUUCGGCAAUAGUUUGAAUACCUUCGAAACAGAUAACGACAAGUCAUUCACAGAAGGAUCUAGGUUUGAUUCUGUCAACACUAAAUCUAGCGUGACUACCGAAGAACCUAUUGUAAAAGACCAAAAUGGUAAUAUUAUCCCAGCACCUGAUAGAGUUCUAUUACCACCUAAGGAAGACACUGCAGCAAUCCCAUCAACGACCGUAGGCCCUCCAAUUUACUACGAAUGGAAAUGGGCAGUCCCGGCCUUCGACUUAGUACCUCCAAAAGAAGGUAAUAAAACAAAUGGUACCAACAUACAGCAGACCAGGUCGAUACAAGGGAAGAGUCCGUUCAGCAGCGUGACGAGACCUGAACCAAAGACCACGACUCCUUUACCAAGCAACACGGAAUAUAACAUAAGUUCGUACUUCAUUCCUGACUACGUCUUUCCUCUGGAUAAGGCGCAUCCAGGGUACGAGAGCGAUGAUGCUGAGACCUCUUUUCAAGUCAAAAUAAGGCCUGGGAGGCAGAGCUUUGGGGAGAACCCCAAGUGUCCCCAAUGCCACCCUGCUUACCUCAAAGAGGGGACUUGCGAACCUUGUAUAGUUAAACGGUAACCAAUUCAGAGUCUUCUAAAAUUAAUUAUAAGUCCGUUAAACUGUCACCGAAGAUAUUCUAAAUGUAUUGUUGUUUCAUUCACCUAUUUCACAUUAGGCGAAUGAUUUUUGCAUAUUUUUUAUUUCUUCUUACAAUGUAGUAAGUUAUUAACUGUUAUUUUUAGUUUUAAAAGCCAUAUUGUUACAAAAUACUGUUGGUGCGUUAUGUGUCAGAUUAACCAGAUUUGUGUUUAUGUUAAACACAAAUGUAUGCUCUGUUAACUUUAUAGAAUGCUAACCUCUAGAAUCUUGCAUGAGGGUAUACCUACUAAUGAGCUAUUUCUUUAAAUUCGAAUACCCUAACUUUUCGAGCUAUCCUACCCAGUGUAAAUAUAGGUAAUAAUAGUAAUUUUAAGAUUACAUUGUUUACCUCCUUUUGUAAAAAAGUUGUGUUUAAACUUCUUUUUUUCUGAUAUUCCGAAUGGAACGUUUGGCAAGACUUUAUUUGUAAGAAAAUGCCAUCGAUGAACAACUGCUCUGCGGAAAUUAUAAAAUUAUUUUAUUCAAUUUUAUAAAAAAAAAUCAUAGUUACCAUGUCUACCUAAUCAUAAAAAUGUAAAAUACUAGAACCCACUUAAAAUAAAUAUAAACCCCCAUUAAAGUAGUUUUAGAUUAGACAAUAUUUAUACAUAAUUUUUAUACACGUGCCUAUACAUACAUGCCUAAUUUAAGAUAGUUUUAUAUUAAUAAAAUAUAAUUAUAAUAAAAAGUG